AUGUCCCGGAUUAAAGAUUUCUUCACCGGAGUCUUGGACUCCGGCAAGCACAUUAGCUUAUCCAACAAAAGAAAAAAGCUCUUCUUAGCUGCUUUUGCUUCAAUCCUACUAGCCUCCGCAAUAAUCGGCAUUGUCGUCGGAGUCAAAUCACGAAAAUCCAGCUCCGGCGACUCCAGCCCAGAAAGCCUCACAGCUUCCUCAGCUCACUCCAUCGUAAAAUCAGCAUGCAGCAGCACAUUUUACCCUGAACUAUGCUAUUCCACAGUCACAAGCCACCCCGAUGUCACCACAAAGGUCAAAAAUAUUAAGAACGUGAUCGAACUUGCUAUUAAUAUCACAGUAACCGCCGUCGAGGAGAGUUACUUCCGUAUAAAGAAGCUCAGCACUCGGAAAACUCUCACUGAACGUGAGGUCACGGCGCUUCACGACUGUCUUGAGAUGGUAUCGGAGACGUUGGAAGAGCUCCAUGAUGUCGUUAAAGACCUCAAGGAGUAUAAAUUGAAAGGAUCGAUCAAGCAGCAUGCCAUCGACCUCAAGACGUUGAUGAGCUCCGCCAUUACAAACCAGGAAACUUGUCUCGACGGUUUCUCCCACGAUGGCGCGGACAAGAAAGUCCGUAAGGAACUGGAGAAAGGGGAGAAAAGGGUGGAGAAGAUGUGCAGCAAUGCAUUAGCGAUGAUUUGUAACAUGACGAAUAAGGAUGUGGCCGAUGAGAUGAAGAUGAACGUCGGAAGGAAAUUGAAGGAGGAACAGAAUGGUGAAUGGCCGGAGUGGUUGUCUGCUGGAGAUAGGAGGUUGUUGCAGACAGGGACAGUGACGCCAAACGUGGUGGUUGCUGCCGAUGGUAGUGGAAACUACAAGACGGUGGCGGCUGCGGUGGCUGCAGCGCCGUCAAAGAGCAGUGCAAGAAAGAAUACAAUCAUCACCGGUAGCCGGAGCGUUAAAGGAGGAAGCACCACCUUCGACUCGGCAACCGUCGCUGUCGUUGGAAAUGGAUUCUUGGCAAAAGACAUAACAUUUCAAAACACCGCCGGAGCUGCAAACCACCAAGCGGUGGCACUUCGUGUCGGCUCAGACUUAUCCGCAUUCUAUCAAUGUGACAUGUUAGCUUACCAAGACACACUUUACGUCCACAAAAACCGUCAAUUCUACAUCAACUGCUUGAUCGCCGGCACGGUGGAUUUCAUCUUCGGAAACGCUGCGGUGGUGUUCCAAGACUGCGACAUCCAUGCACGCCGCCCUGGAUCAGGAUUUGGUGCUACUUCCGAUCUGCAACCGGUGAUAGGGAGUUUUCCGACGUAUCUAGGACGACCAUGGAAACAGUAUUCAAGGACAGUGGUGAUGCAGUCGAGUAUUACCAAUGUGAUUCAACCAGCCGGAUGGUAUGAGUGGGAUGGGAACUUUGCGCUCGACACGUUGACCUACCGUGAGUACCAGAACACUGGUGCCGGAGCUGGAACUUCCGGUAGAGUAAAAUGGAAAGGAUAUAAGGUGAUUACAAGUUCUUCAGAGGCUCAAGGGUAUACUGCGGGAACCUUCAUCGGUGGUGGUAAUUGGUUACGCGCCACCGGUUUUCCUUUUUCUUUGGGUUUGUAA